UUUCAAGUGAUUGCUGGCCAGCUCUCCUACUGUAGGUGGAGCUGUCUGUCCUGGAGUUGUGGGGAAGGUCUUCCUGUUGUGCUGGUUACCUUUUGCUCUCUGUCUCUGGUUCCUGGUUAGUGACAGCCGUGCUCCGGUACAGCAGGAUUACUGCAUUACGAAGACUUUUGUCAUCUGGGUACUGCAUACCGACCACCUCCUCGUUACGGGGGGGGGGGGUUCCUUUGAUGUCCUUUAAUAUGUUUUCAUGAUUUUGGUCAGAAGUUUUCCCCUCAACCGAAAUGUCUCUGCAGUGCAAAGCGGAACGAAAUCCACCGAUAGCUGAUCAGCUUCCCUGGAUUUCGCUGACGACAUCGCUUUGUUGCGUGUGAAGAUGGAAACACUGGAGUCGGAGCUGACCUGCCCAAUCUGUCUGGAGCUCUUCGAAGACCCCUUACUCUUGCCCUGCGCUCACAGCCUGUGUUUCAACUGUGCCCACCGCAUCCUGAUCUCCCACUGCAGCCCCAACGAGCCUGUGCAGUCCAUCAGCGCCUUCCAGUGCCCAACCUGUCGCUAUGCCAUCACCCUCAACCAGAGGGGCCUAGAGGGACUGAAGCGUAACGUCACUUUGCAGAACAUCAUCGACCGCUUCCAGAAGGCUUCCGUGAGCGGGCCCAACUCCCCCAGCGAGACUCGCCGUGAGCGGGUCGCCCCGGACGGCACGGCCAUGACCUCCCCCAGUGAGAGGGUGCAGUGUCAGUUCUGUGAGCAAGACCCUCCCCAGGACGCCGUCAAGACCUGUGUCACCUGUGAGGUGUCCUACUGCGACGAAUGCUUGAAGGCCACCCACCCCAAUAAGAAGCCCUUCACCAGCCACCGUCUGAUCGAGCCCAUGCCGGACUGCCACAUCAGGGGACUCAUGUGUCUGGAGCACGAGGAUGAGAAGGUGAACAUGUACUGUGUCACAGAUGAACAGUUGAUCUGUGCCUUGUGCAAACUGGUUGGUCGGCAUCGGGACCACCAAGUAGCCGCCCUCAGCGACCGCUAUGAGAAACUCAAGAGAACUCCAGACUGCUAUCUCAGUGAGAGGAGCGAACAGGAGGAAGCAGACCAGGAGAUAUCUACGCAAACCUUGGACUCCAACCUCAGCAAUCUGAUUAAGAGGAACAACGAGUUGGAAACUCUGAUGGGCAAGUUGAUCCAGAUCUGCCAACAUGUGGAGGGGAAUGCAUCCAGACAAGAGAACAAGCUCCUGGAAGAGUGUGACCUCCUGAUGGACGUGGUACAGCAGAGAAGACAGAUCAUAGCCACCAAGAUAAACGAGGGCAAGGCUAUCCGUCUGCGAAAGCUAGCCCAGCAGAUCGCCACCUGCAAGCAGAUCAUCGAGAGAUCGUCAUCCCUCAUCACUCAGGCAGAUCACACCCUGAGGGAGGGAGACCACGCCCGCUUCCUGCAGACAGCCAAAAGCAUCUGCGAGAGAGUGUCCAUGGCGACAGCAUCCUCUCAGAUCCUGAUACCAGAGAUCAACCUGAAUGACACCUUUGAUACGUUUGCGUUGGACUUUACAAGAGAAAAGAAAAUGCUGGAAGGCUUGGAUUACCUCACAGCACCAAAUCCCCCAAUAAUCCGGGAGGAAUUAUGUACGGCAUCGUACGACACCAUCACUGCUCACUGGACAUCAGAUGACGAGUUCUGUGUGGUUUCCUAUGAGCUGCAGUAUGCCAUCUUCACUGGACAAGCCAAUGUCGUCAGUUUGUGUAACUCAGCUGACAGUUGGAUGAUUGUGCCCAACAUCAAGCAGAACCACUACACAGUGCAUGGACUCCAGUGUGGCACCAAGUACAUCUUUAUGGUCAAAGCUAUCAACCAGGCAGGGAGUCGCAGCAGUGUACCUGGGAAGCUCAAGACCAACAGUCAGCCGUUCAAGUUGGACCCAAAGUCUGCUCACAAGAAGCUGAAGGUCUCCCACGACAACCUGACGGUGGAGCGAGACGAGACGUCGUCCAAGAAGAGCCACAAUCAGGACCGCUUCACCAGCCAGGGCAGCUACGGCGUCACUGGGAAUGUGUACAUCGACAGCGGGCGCCACUACUGGGAGGCCUUGAUAGGAGGGAGCACAUGGUUUGCUGUGGGCGUUGCUUACAAGUCAGCACCAAAACACGAGUGGAUCGGCAAGAACUCGGCCUCGUGGGUAUUAUCUCGAUGCAACAACUCCUGGGUAGUACGUCACAACAGCAAGGAGAUGCCCAUCGAGCCGUCCCCCCACCUGCGUCGCGUGGGGGUGUUGUUGGACUACGACGCCGGUUCCCUGGCCUUCUACGAUGGCGCCGGCUCACAGCACCUGUACACGUUCGACAUCACCUUCGCUCAGCCAGUGUGUCCCGUGUUCAACGUGUGGAACAAGUGUCUGACUGUUCUCACGGGGCUGCCCAUCCCAGACCACCUCGAGGGGACAGACUGCCAGGAUUAACAGACCAACUAAUGCAACACAAAGGGAGCAGAACAGACCCACUUCAGCCUCACCUGGCUGCCUUUGUGUCACACCAUCCAUGCUGUAUAAAGCAGAACAAAGCCAUGGUGCCAGAUCAGUCUCCAAUCAUUCUCUUAUAGAAGCAAAUACAUUGUUUUUUAAAAUGAUUUAUGGAAACCAUUUAUUGGGUUCAAAAAAAUAUUGUAGAUUUUAUUUCUUGCUUUCACACAUUAAUAUUCACUGCUAUAUUUAUGUUGGUUUUGGGAUGCGCUUAGAGAGGAAGGUUUUGGGAUGCGCUUAGAGAGGAAGGUUUUGGGAUGCGCUUAGAGAGGAAGGUUUUGGGAUGCGCUUAGAGAGGAAGGUUUUGGGAUGCGCUUAGAGAGGAAGGUUUUGGGAUGCGCUUAGAGAGGAAGGUUUUGGGAUGCGCUUAGAGAGGAAGGUUUUGGGAUGCGCUUAGAGAGGAAGGUUUUGGGAUGCGCUUAGAGAGGAAGGUUUUGGGAUGCGCUUAGAGAGGAAGGUUUUGGGAUGCGCUUAGAGAGGAAGGUUUUGGGAUGCGCUUAGAGAGGAAGGUUUUGGGAUGCGCUUAGAGAGGAAGGUUUUGGGAUGCGCUUAGAGAGGAAGGUUUUGGGAUGCGCUUAGAGAGGAAGGUUUUGGGAUGCGCUUAGAGAGGAAGGUUGUGGGAUGCGCUUAGAGAGGAAGGUUUUGGGAUGCGCUUAGAGAGGAAGGUUUUGGGAUGCGCUUAGAGAGGAAGGUUUUGGGAUGCGCUUAGAGAGGAAGGUUUUGGGAUGCGCUUAGAGAGGAAGGUUUUGGGAUGCGCUUAGAGAGGAAGGUUUUGGGAUGCGCUUAGAGAGGAAGGUUUUGGGAUGCGCUUAGAGAGGAAGGUUUUGGGAUGCGCUUAGAGAGGAAGGUUUUGGGAUGCGCUUAGAGAGGAAGGUUUUGGGAUGCGCUUAGAGAGGAAGGUUUUGGGAUGCGCUUAGAGAGGAAGGUUUUGGGAUGCGCUUAGAGAGGAAGGUUUUGGGAUGCGCUUAGAGAGGAAGGUUUUGGGAUGCGCUUAGAGAGGAAGGUUUUGGGAUGCGCUUAGAGAGGAAGGUUGUGGGAUGCGCUUAGAGAGGAAGGUUUUGGGAUGCGCUUAGAGAGGAAGGUUUUGGGAUGCGCUUAGAGAGGAAGGUUUUGGGAUGCGCUUAGAGAGGAAGGUUUUGGGAUGCGCUUAGAGAGGAAGGUUUUGGGAUGCGCUUAGAGAGGAAGGUUUUGGGAUGCACUUAGAGAGGAAGGUUUUGGGAUGCGCUUAGAGAGGAAGGUUUUGGGAUGCGCUUAGAGAGGAAGGUUUUGGGAUGCGCUUAGAGAGGAAGGUUUUGGGAUGCGCUUAGAGAGGAAGGUUUUGGGAUGCGCUUAGAGAGGAAGGUUUUGGGAUGCGCUUAGAGAGGAAGGUUUUGGGAUGCGCUUAGAGAGGAAGGUUUUGGGAUGCGCUUAGAGAGGAAGGUUUUGGGAUGCACUUAGAGAGGAAGGUUUUGGGAUGCGCUUAGAGAGGAAGGUUGUGGGAUGCGCUUAGAGAGGAAGGUUUUGGGAUGCGCUUAGAGAGGAAGGUGGGUAUAACGUUUUCAAAUUCAGUGAAACUUACUGUAUUUUUAAGCAGGCAGUGGUUAGAGCGUUGGGCCAGUAACCAAAAGGUUGCUAGUUCGAAUCCCUGAGCUGACAAGGUAAUACGUCUUUCUGUUGUUCUGCCCCUGAACAAGGCAGUUCAUCCGCUGUUCCCCGGGCAGGCCGUCAUUGCCUAGUUAAAUAAAACAAAAUGAAAAGCCCUGAGAUGAGUUUAUUUCAUACAGUAUUACACAUACAGUAGUUUGUUGACCUUUGUCCAUGUAUUAGUCGUUAGCAGCAUGUUGCUAAAUGUUUUACGUGUGACCCUGUUUAUCUUGACAUGUCAUCAUGACAUCCGUUCCUCUGAUCACAGAGCAGUUAUAACAUCAUCUACAAUCUUCUGUUUCAUACAAGAUCCUCUCCAUGAUUUUUCUUAUGUAUUAGGAUGAUGUUUGUGAAAAUAAACAUGUUAAGAGUUAUUUAAUCUGCCUCUUUUACAAUUCUAAAAUCACAGCACUUCUAAUGCACUGACAACUUGACUCACAGAGACACAAUUCUUCAUUUCUUUGUCUAAAAAAGAAGCACUGCGAUGUUAAAAACAUUGAUUCAUGUUGAAGAUGUGCACUUCUAAAGAAAAGCCAUUUGAAGUGACAUUUCAAUACAGAAAUAAUGUCUUAAUUGUAAUUAGAAACAACAUGUGCAAUCUCUGUAAAUACCUUACUGUUUUCUUCUCACCUAUUGGCUCGGUAUGUUCACAUGCCGGUCGGUACAUUUGGUAUUUGAGCAAUUUGACAUUUUCCGAUGCAUCAUUAUUUUCACACAUUCCUUGUUAAAAAAUGUAAUAAAAUUACAUGAAUAAAGUGUGAAUUGUAAUGAUAA